AUGGAUAAACCGCCGAAUUGCAACAGGCAAUGUGACGUCUGUGUGGAUAAAAAUCGGGUUGCCGAAAAUGUAUCAGCUUUUAGAGCCAUUGCUUUACAGACGCGAAUCGGGAAUGUAGAAAGCGCAGAGGGUUACUGGGAUGAUGACUCGGAAGCAGUCAGCGAAGACCAAUUGGAAGGGGAAGAACGAGCAGCUCGAAAGCAGCUAAUUGAAGAGGAAUUUCGGAGGAGACGUGGCAACGCAGAACAAAUUUCACUCAAAUCCGCAUGGUGUGCUGCCCCGAAAAACACACAUCUUUUGUAUCCAGAUUGUCGUACGGUAACCGGGAUUACGGGGAAAACACGGGAUCAGACAUUGCAAUUACUGUUCGAUGCACUAAAAGCCCGAUUUCCAGACCAAGAGACGGAUUUGUGGUCAAAGUGCUCCGCGGUCGAAUACAACCUCUAUAAGGAAUCUAAGGUCGCUGCAAUGUACAGAACCCGAAUGGCUAGACUGAUCACGAGAAUUCGACGUGUUGAUGUGACACCGGAAGAAGUGUGGUCCAUAAUCCAGAGUUCUCUCCCCGUCGAUUCUCAUUCAAUAUCUUAUCAAACUCAUUCUCCGAAGCCUGAAGUCACUCUUGUGACCGAAAGCGUCUCCGAUUCAUCGUCAUGUAAAGUGAGUCUCGUUUAUUCUAAAACGCUUGCAGAUAUAUUUCUUUUCGUGAAACUUGAAAGGAAUUAUUGCUCAACACUGUAUGAAUGUGUUAUGAAGAAUAAUUUCUAUCUCAGCUGGCAAACGUAG